GCCGAGGGUUGGUGAGUGUUUGUGAACGAAAAGAGACGCAGAAGAAGUGAUAUUUUUCUUUCUGGAUAAAUCAUAAUCAUGCCACAUGAGGAAACAAUUAAGAAAAUGCUUCCUAAGACAUAUCUUCGCAAACAUGUGGCCAGUGAAAUAAGCAUGGUGCUGACUCACUUCAAAAGCCUUGUGCCCAUGAUGGAUAGAUACGUUUACAACGAUGGAGCCACAAAGGACUUGAUGAAUCUAACUGGAACCAUUCCUGUCAUGUAUAGUGACAAGAUCUACAACAUCCCUGUGCGCCUGUGGAUUGAGGAGACCUACCCUCAAACUGCUCCCAUCUGCUACGUCACACCUACACGUGAGAUGAUGAUCAUCAGUGGGAAGUUCAUCUCCAAGAAUGGUGAAGUUAUGCUGCCGUACCUGGAGGAAUGGAAUGGUGAAUGUGACCUAACUGGCCUACUGCAGGUGAUGGUUGCCGUGUUUGGAGACUUCCCUCCAGUAUGUAUGCAGCCUCAUCCAGAGCCUGAACAAGCUCCUUGUUGGCUACAGUUCCAGAGAAAUGCAGAGGUGCUUUCAAAGACAGAUGGAAGUUUGUACCUGCAUAUAUCCACAGAGGAUGGUCUACCUUUUCAGCGAGAACAUGAAACCAACUGUUAGUAUUUUGUGGGAUUAGACAAGGAUAUUUUACUGUGUGUGUAGUGCCUGUGAUGAAGUGGUAAUCCUGUAUACAGUGUUAGAUGGUAUCCAUUUAUUAUGUUAUGUUACUUUGUUGACAAUUUCAGAAAAAUAGCAUGUUGCUUUCUAUUCUGUUUGGUGUGUAUGUACUGACGUCAUUUUAAUAUGCUUUUGUAAUUUGGCAUUUGAAUGCCUGUGUGUAAAAGGCUCCAAUUGCUUUACAAGUGGCUCAUAAAACUGUACCUUGACCUCAUCCAAAAGCAUUUAUUGUGUUCUUAUCCACAAAUGUUGUGGACUUUUGACCAGUAAACAGAAAUGUUGGUAAUUUAAAGAACACUCACGCAGCUGGGUGCAGCCCAAAAAACCUGAUAACUAAGAACAAAAAGUAAGGAAAUUUGUGUUUAGUAGAUUAUUUCUUUGUUGUAACAAUGCUUCUUGGCAAAACAUCUUAGAAAGCCUGUUUAUUUCCCUUUUAAAUGGUGCCACAUUAGUAAGGAACAUGCAUUUGUGGGAUGAGCAGCAGAGCUGACCAUGUGGGUUGAGCCCAUGAAAAAUUUGUCAAAUCUUCUCUGCCAAUGCCGAACAGCUGUUUUUUUUUUUUUUUUGCUGUUGACUCUUGUUGUUUAGUGGAUUGGAUGAUUGAAGUCUGAAGAAACAAGACAUAUUGACAGUUUAACAAUUUAUUCAUUUAACAAACAGGAGCCUCAGUAGUGCCAUAGUAGUGACUUGUUUCGUAAAAAGUUGCAGUGGAAGCGUUAGCUAUUAAGCUCAACUUUUUACACAGAAAAUCAAGUCAAAACUUUCCCCAAGGACAGGACGAUGAAGGUCUCUUUAAGUAAAGAGUAUGGUCUAGACACUAUAUGAAAAGUGUCCUGAGAUAACUUUUAUCAUGAUUUUGAGCUAUAUAAAUAAAAACUGGCUUGUUGUAUAAAGUAACUGAUUGAUUCUGGUAUUGUAAAUAUUGAGUAAUUGAGGGAUACACGUUCAGUAGAAAAAAAAAAGUUUUAUAAAAUGACUUAGUAGACUACACUUUAGAUUUUGCCCUAUAUAUGAUGUGUGAUAAAAACUCACCAAAUUGGGACCAAGCCUUGGGAACCACACAUCUACUGAAAAUUUAAUAGAAAUGCUAAAAAACCACAGGCCUUUACAUCUAUAUAUAUUGGUCCUUGGCUUUUUAAUGUCUAAUAUCUUGAUCUUUUGUGCAUCUCGACUGUUUUGUUGCUUUUGUUGUUUAAAAAAAUAUAUGUUUCUUUCUUGAAUGCUGUUUAUUUUAUAUCCGACUGUGUUGUAGUAAAGCCUAAU